AUGAAACGCGCGUCUUCGCGCCUCUCGCGCUCGCUCACCGCGAUCGCGCGCGCGCCCAGCGCGCGAGAGCUCGCCCAGCGCGUUGAACUUUCAGUCGCUCGCGCAUCGGUUGCAUCGCCGUCGACGCGUCGUUCGAGCGCCACGACGCUCGCGUGGACGCGUAAGGCGUUCUUCGCCCGAUCAUGGUCAUCCGACGCCCUUCCCGAGCACGUCAUCGUGCCAAUGCCCGCGUUGUCGCCGACGAUGACGCGCGGCGGGAUCGCUUCGUGGCACGUCGAAGUCGGCCAAGCGAUACGCGCGGGCGACGCGAUCGCGGACGUCGAGACGGAUAAGGCGACGAUGGCGAUGGAGGCGACGGAAGAUGGGUUUAUGGCGGCGAUAUUGGUCGAGGCUGGGGCGCAGGAUAUCGAGGUGGGGACGCCGGUGUGCGUCACGUGCGAGAACGCGGAGGACGUGGAGGCGUUCAAGGAUUACGCCUCGACAGUGGCGAUCAAGGCGGAGAGCGCGGCGCCUGUCGCGUCGGCACCGAGCGGACCGGUCGAGAGCCCAUCGGUCGCACCGGUCGCGUCGGCGCCGAGCGCGAGGGCGACGCGAGCGGAGACGCGAGCGAGCGGUGACCGCGUGUUCGCUUCGCCUCUGGCGAAACGGUUAGCCAAGGAGCGAGGCGUGCGCCUGGAUAACGUGCGCGGGACCGGGCCGAACGGACGCGUGAUCGCGGCUGACGUGUAUGAGGCGCACGAGACCGGGGUGAAUGCAACUGAGGCGGCGCGAGAAGUUACGGUUGACCACCCGCUGUCAAAGUUCUUCCCAGACUUCGAGGAUGUGAGCGUCACCGCCAUCAAGCGUGUCACGGCUCAGCGUCUGACGGAGAGCAAACAACAGGUGCCUCACUUCUAUCUCACCGUAGAUGUGCGAUUGGAUAACAUGAUCAGCAUCCGUCAAACGUUGAACAAACAGCUUGCGGACGACAAGGCUGCAGAGGGGGCGAAGAUUAGCGUAAACGAUUUCAUCGUCAAGGCGAGUGCUAAGGCUCUGCUUGCGGUUCCAGAGGUGAACUCUAGCUGGCUCGGCGAUAAGAUCCGUAGGUAUAAAAAGGCAGAUAUUUCGGUCGCGGUCCAAACCGAACGCGGUCUCAUGGUGCCAAUCGUACGAUCAGCGUGCUGUCUUGGUCUCAAGACAAUCAGUUCCGAAGUCAAGGCGCUCGCCAGUCGCGCGCGCGAAGGUAGUCUUACGCCCCAAGACAUGACUGGCGGAACGUUCACCAUUAGUAAUCUUGGCAUGUUCGGCGUGAAGAGCUUCGCCGCCAUCGUAAAUCCGCCGCAAGCGGCUAUUCUCGCCGUCGGAGGCGCGAGAAAGGAAGUGAUCAAGAACGAGAGCGGCGGAUACGAGGAAAUCACAGUCAUGAGCGCGACGUUGAGCUGUGACCACAGGGUUGUGGACGGUGCCGUUGGCGCUAUGUGGCUGCAGUCAUUCAAGGGUUACAUAGAGGAUCCGAUGACGAUGCUGCUCUAG